AUGCACCUCGCUUACAACUUCUCCGUGGCCGUGCUCGCAGUUCUGUCUGUAUGGACAACUUUUGCUGCUGCUGCCGACGCCGGAUCAACAAGCAACGACACUCGACUCGAAGUAUCAGUUGGCCCCACCCACGUGCAAAUGGGAAUCCGCAGUGGCUUAAUCAAAAGUCGGGGUGUGAACCUCGGUGGCUGGCUGGUGGCAGAGCACUGGAUGACAACGAGCGCAGCGUUCUGGGGAGGAAUCGACGACCGCGUGGCCAACACGGGCGAGUACAGUACCAUCACGAAAGCGGCCAGUCCCGACGACGUCCGCGCCAAGCUUGGCAAUCACCACGCGACUUUCAUCUCGGAAGUCGACAUCCAACAGAUCGCGGCGGCGGGACUCAACACGGUGCGCGUGCCCGUCGGCUUCUGGAUCUUGGGCUAUGACAACCACGACCCGGCCAACCAGCGCGAGUGGCAGGCGUACACGCGCGGAACGAUCGCGUACUUGGACCAACUCAUCAGAGGUUGGGCCAAGAAGUACAACGUCGCAGUGCUCGUCAGUCUGCACGCCGCGAAGGGCUCGCAGAACGGCGCGGAUCACUCAUCGCCUGCCAGCCCCGGUCAGUCGCUCUGGAGUCAAUACCCUGAGAACGUGGCCAACACCGUCGAGGUCGCGCGCUUCCUGGCCGAGCGGUAUCUCCACGACGAGGCCUUCCUCGGCCUCGGCCUGCUCAACGAGCCCAGCGGCAGCACGGACCAGACGCUGCUGUACCAGUACUACCAGGACGCCUACCGAGCGGUGCGGGCAACGGGCAGCGACUGCGUGCUGAGCGUCAUGCCGCUGUUGCAGAAGCAGAGCCCCGACGAGAUGGUGGGCUUCAUGGAGGCGCCGGCCUUCACGAACGUCUGGGUCGAGUGGCACCCGUACUUCAUCUGGGGCUACGAGCACACGCCCGACGACCAGUUGGUGAGCGUGGCCGUCAAGCAGGAGUACAAGGCGCGCGUGGACAAGUGGAAUGCGCGCGCGGGCCACAACCGCCUGUUCAUCGGCGAGUGGAGCGUGGCCACGGCCUCCAACAUGCGCAAGAACAACCCGGACGCCUUCUACACGUUCGCUACGGAGCAGCUCAAGGUGCACGAGGAGGCGGAGGGCGGCUGGACGCUCUGGACCUGGAAGGCGGCGGGCGGAGGGACGGAGGACUGGGCGCUGCAGAACCUGCUGGCCGACGGCCGACUCAACGAGAUUCUGCGCAGCAACCCGUGA